UCCCUCCUCUUCGCGCUCGCCCCUGAAUUGUUCACGUCACGCCAGUGUUUACUUGUGCGCGUGUAUGCUUACAUCGCACACACACACACACACACACCGAUACGUGCGAAAGAGAGUUUACGACUAUCUGGAUAGACUGUUAUAACGCAGGGAUUUUCAAAGGCCGCUGCAUCAGCUGGCAUGUGCGUGUGUAUGUAUAUACGUAUAGGUGCAAGGUCGAGGAGAGUUCGCCGAGCUGACUCUUCGCCUCUCUCCAUAUAGACGACUAGCAGAGGAUGAUAGUACGGAUGAUUUUGUCAACAACAGCUGUUCUCGCUCGCUCGAGAUCUCUACGUUUUCUCGGAGAUCGGAAACACCGACACGUUGCCGACACACCCACACACGCGCGCGCACCUGCGGGAGGUCAAGCCCCUCUCUUAUUUCUUUCUUUAUCUCGCUCCUUUGGCACAUAUAUACAGAUAUAUGCGAGUGUGCGCACGCGGCUAUCUAUAUUCACUUAUCUCUCUCUCUCUCUCUCUCUCUCUGAGCGUUUUCUUUGUAUGUUAUUAUUGCGCCGCGUUGUUUUCACACGACGCUGCGGUAUAAAACGUGAGCAAAUUUAAAGCAAAAAAAAUGUUAUGUUUGCAUUGUAUUGAAGAGAGUGACCAUUGCUAUGGACAGAUUAUAAUAUGGACAAGGUGCGCGGAUUAUUGUCCAACACACACGAACAAAGCUCCGCGGCGAAAGAUAAAACCCGCGGGCUUCCAAGAACGCGAACAGGCUCGUGUUCCGCACACACACACACGCGCAGGAGCUUAUCGUCGUGUUGAUUCGUCUUCUGUAAAGUACAAACACUCGCGCGCGCGCGCACACUAGUAUAGGAGAAACUGCGUAGUUAGAUCUUCGGGGUGAAAAAUCCGAAGCGAAGUGCUCAUCAGCUUCUCUCUGUCUCACGUGUUUGGAUUCUGGAUUUCAGCACGUGUCUCUCUCUCUCUCUCUCUCUCUCUCUGUGCGCACAUAAUAAUACUCUGUAAUUUUCGAGCUGUAUUUUAGGGGGACGAGGAUCAGCGUUACGCAACGGCGGCUAAUUAAAUUUAUACGACGAUAAGUCAGUUGGAACGUUCGUAGCGGCUGAUGCGUAUAUAUCGCGUUUGCGAAAAAGCACUCGACUUCUUUUUCCCCAUCAGACUUUGCCCGCGCCUUCACCUUCGUGGAAAUAACAGAGACUGUUUACACGGGCAUACGUUCCUGCAGAGUAUAAUAAAGUGCGAUGACGUCGUGGGAGGAUCGAGUAGUCAAUUCAAGUGCUCACCGGACUUUAUUUUACAAAAUAUAUUUACACCAGCUACUAUGUCGCUUAUAUAACGGAUCUUGGAAGGCGUAUCGGCGUUAAUGCGAGCAUCGCUACGUAGCUUCUACGGUAUAGAUUUUAACUCGAACAAACGCGUCCCUGAUGAAUAGAGCGAGUAUAAUAGCGGAACAAGAUGCGCAAUUCCCCGAAGCUUCUUAUUCGGUUCGUUAUAAACAAUAAAUCUUUCCCGCGAAAUUUCGAAACCGUGCGUGCUUUCUCAAUCUCUCUCCUAAAAUUACCUCUCGCGGGUAAGUGCGACAUUAACUAUCCCAGCGCAUUUAUCUACAUUGCCUGUUUGAUCACAAAAUAAUACGGAAAGUACCCUCUCUCUCUCUCUCUCUCUCUGUCUGCCAGGCAUAAUUUCGAAAGUGCAACACGCAGUCGCGAGAGAGCUAUAAUUGUGCAAUACAAACGUACACAGGCGCACUAGCGUCACACGUGACGCUCGCCGAACCGGUUUACGCUCGCGCGCGUGUAUCAAGUGUCAGUCAACGGGCGCGUGUGAUGAAAAAAAAAUUUACCCGAGAGAGCGAGUUAUGCACUGCUCUUUUCUCUCUUUCUCUCUCAAUUAUAAGCUCUCACAAUGUGCAGAACGUGUACAGGCAUGGAAUAGCUUACUCAAAGCGUCACCGAAGUUGCGUCAUGAUACUGUACUCUACUAUGCGGGAGGAGUAUGCUAGAUUUAGAUUAUCCAUUUGGACUUUACGCGAAAUUCGGGGAGAAGCUGCGCAUGAAUUUUACGUAGAUCGGCUUUGCUUUUACGGCUUCGUAUUAAAUUUAAUCGCUCAUGCAGUGUGGAGUAGCGUUUUAUUCGCGCAGCUCUGUAUAUGAGGAAAGUACGUAUAAGCGGCUCGAGAUUUUCGCCGUCGUUGCACUGUCGCGGCUAUGUAAUACCUGAGAUCCGUUUCCUUGUGUCAUUAUAUAUAUAUAUAUAUACAAAGGAGGAUAAAUAGCAAGUAUGUUUAUUCAAUAAAAUUUUACACGUCACGUCUCGAGUUUUUCGAACCGCGUGCGUUGAUAAAUAAUUUUGACACGCACCGCCUGACUAAACGAGCCGAUCGGCGUGCAUAAAAGAAUACAAGGCUUUCAAGCAUACCGAUACGCUUAUCUCACUGCGCUGUAUACAAAGAAACAUAAAAACCAUUAUGCGCAAGAUAUCGCUAAUUAGCCGCAUCAACGUUCUCUUUCUCAUCGCCUCAAAGUUGUAGUGAAUGUCACUAUAUUGCGCAUUAAAAAUUAGCAGACAGGAAAGUAGAAGAAAAAAAAAAUGAGGCUCGACGCGCGUAGUAUAACACAGACGACAGCGAAAGAUCGACGAGUAGUAGCAACGGCAUCACGCACGUACGCGAGAGCACAUAUAACGCUUUGGAUUAUACGUAUAACAGCGUUUCCUGGAUUUCACUCGGCAGACGUCGACGUUUUCUUUUAUUACUCCUACCUGCAAUAAUGCGAUGUAUAGGUAAUGAAAAAUUGUUAUAUUCUUAAAGGAGCAAUUCCAAGGGGGUAAAUGAGAGGAGAAGAGUGUGUGGCUAUUCUAAAAAUAAAUACAUCAGAAAAUCGAAUAGAACAGAGCGUCGAUCGAUGUUCGUAGCGCGAGGAGGGGGAGUAGGGCAGAACAAGGGCGAUCUAUCGCGCUAAUCAACGAUCUCCGCCUCGCUCGACCAGCAUUAUUACGCGCUCAAUUAGCUGUAUGUGCGUUCACACACUUUCUUCGUACCUAUUAAUGUGACCUACGACACACACACACACACACAUAAAGCGUCGGUCGUUAUUCCGGAGGAUUAAUUUUUCAGGCUAACGCGAUACAUCUAUAAUAUACACUGUACAGCGGAAUAAGCGAAUUCAGAGAUAACGGAGCUGCGGCUGCGUCGUGUGCCGAUAUCUAGUGCAUUCUAUAUAACCUAUAGCUGCGAUGCGUCACGAGCUGAAAACGUGAGGCACGUUUUAUACUGCGAAUUCUGACUUGUAUAUGCAGCGAAUAAUCGUAAAAAUAUGUGGGAGAGGAUAUAAUCCAGAGACGAGCUUAUUUGCGUCUUUUUCGUGCAGAUGCGCUGAGACCGGAAAUGCGAGACUGCAGUAUAUAUAUAUAUAUAUAGAGAGAGAGAGAGCAGAGGAUACGAGGCACUGGAAGGAACAGUCGUAAAAAGGAGCUGCGCUUUCUUACGAAAGCGAUCAUUUUCCAUCUCGCGGCUGAUUUAUAUAUUAUCAAGUGUUUAUAUGGAGGAACGGAAAUCGUUUUCAUAUCGCUUGCGCGAGGUCACAAAAAAAAAAAAAAACAUUUCCUCCAUAUACAUUAACCGAGCGUGACAGCCUUGAUAAAUACCGUUGGCUACAUGGGAGGAUUUGAAAAAAUUUCUAGUACAUCGUCUAAGGUUAAAAAUCACACUACUCAUCGGUAUGCGAAUUUUCGAAUAGGAAGCAGUAUCCGAAAGCAAACGACAACACAAUCGUUGUACACUAUACAGCCUUUCGAGAGAUGUAUUUUUAGGCCGUAGAUAAGUACCGAUCAAUACGAGGAUUUCCGCUGUAUCCUCGCACAUCAACGAGUCGCGCCGCCAAAGGGGAAUUACGCCCGUGUAACUAUGUAGUUGGAUCCAUCUGACGUCAGGCCAGUGGCGGUAGGCAAGUGUGCCGCCGGUUUCUUUUCUGUAUUUUUUUUUUUUUUUUUUUCGAGGACUCGAUUUAGAUUCUUGUCGGGGGAACUUUGGCCCUUCGUCGAGUCGUGCGUAUAUAGCUGCGUGUAAGAUUGACGUCGAAGGCGCGGAAUUCGUUAUUUUAUUGCGGGGGUGUAUAAUGAUAGCCUGUAAUUACAUUACAGGCUAUACACGCGCACUACACGAGAAAUUGUUUCAGAACUCUGCGUUUCAGGCGAGUUAUCGCGCAUAAAUCGUCGGUUUUUCUUCUUGAAUUCUGAGGUAAAUUAGAGCACGUACGGUUUUUUCAAAAGUAUAUAACGGUUUCGUGACGCAAUUUUCGCAAAAACUCGCGCUCCUUAUAUUAUUGUGUCACGUAGCUUGUUUCAAAGCUGAACGUUAUGCAGAUACAAAAAAAGCGCUUAAUCCACGACUAGCGUGCUCUUUUAUUGUUACUAAUCGCAGCGAAUAAUAACCUUUCGAGAUAAGCGAGUGUUAUCCGCUCGAGCCAUCGAUCGAUUACAAGACACAUUUUCAAUCAAAUUAUCAUCGCAGAAAAAAAGUAGGUGUAUUCGCAGCGACAACAUCAAAUAAAAAUACCGCCGCGAUGUAGUCCGCAACAACAACACACACACACGCACACACACACACACACACAGCUGUGGUAUCUCGCACGCGAAAUCCCCCUCUCUGGUGUAUAACAAGCGCAAGUCGCUGCAGAGUAUAAAAAAGUAUGAGCGAAGGCGAUAUCGCGUUACAAAGAUACAGAAAAUUUGCAGCGCGAGAGUAAAUAGAAUAUGGUGUUUUGCAAUAACAGGACUAUUUUCGGGCGUCGGAGUAUAUACGCAUGUUUAUCUCCCGCGGAGGCGAUGAGUCACGGGCGUAAAUGGGAAAUGUUUUUUUGUGACUCAUGCAGUAGUGCACUUACAAUAGCAUGAAGUACCUACGGGCGAUAAUUGAAAGGACAAAGUACAGAGAUUGAGAUGAUUCAGUAAAACUUCUGUGUCUGAGGAUCGUCACGUUUUGCGUUGGUGUUGUUUGUUAUGAAUUUUCACGAUCACCGAGCUUUGCUACUAUCGAAUUAACAGCUGAUGCGCGUUUUCCCCUUGUUUACCUGAUGUUCGCGCGAUAGAAGUAAUUUUCCUAUUCAAAACACGUUGUUUGUUUAGCCUUCGCGCGUAAUAGAACAUAAUAUGAAUUAGCUAGCAAAUUUUAGAAAAUUGAUAUAAAAGAAUUAUUAGAUUAUGAUCCUACGCAUCCUUCCAACAAUAGCUCACCCGUGAAAAAACUGGAGAAAAAGAGAGUACUCAGGAGUCGAGGAGCAAUUUCAGGGACAAAAAACCCACACGACCUCUCCCUGCUCCCUGCUCCCUCUCACUCGUGUGCGCAAGCGCCCUGACGAAAAACAACAAAGGUGUUCCCCCGCAGCUUCCGCCAUGUACGUACCUAUAUAGGUACUUACUUACAGAGAGAGAGAGAGAGAGAGAGAGAGGUUGGCGGUAUUCGUGCAACAGACCAACAGUUCAGAAACCCCGUACAAACUCUCCAGCAGCCUCCGGUCGAUAAAACAGCUGUUUCGCGCUGUGCACGCAAUUCAGCUCGCGCCUGAUUCGCCGUCAUCGCGCAUGUGACGUUCGUUGCGAGUAAGAGCGAGAAAGAGAGAAAGAGACAGAAAAAAAUCCGCGAGCGCGUGAUGUCUGUCCCGAGGAGAAUGGAGGACCAUAGAGAGGCUCGUCCUAACCUACGCGCUCGCCCGAUCGUGUCGCGAUAAAGCUGCGAUUUUCGCCUCGUUUGCAUCGGAGUUCGUUGAAUCUGGCGGUAAAUGUGGCACGAGAAACUCGCGAUUAAUCCUGCGGCUACGAGCGACUCGACUGACACCUGCUGCGAACGGCGUUUGUCGCAUCGAGAACUGCAGUGAAAAUAUAUCUUACACUCCGCUUUUCGUGCGCUAAUACGUUCUCUUCUUUGCAAUUAAAUCGCGACCGACGUGAGAUGAACGAGAGUAGUGUUGAUCAAACAAUUACAACUUUCCUCGUCACGUGACUUUGUGCAAGCAUUCCUUCGCGCACUCGUUGCGAAUGGUGUUUCGCGCCGCGACUAAUAGCGGAAAAGCCCACCAGCUGCAGCUAUUUCAAUCGUCAGAGAUUGAAAAUUAAAAAUGGAUCUUGCGGAUAACAAGGAAGCUACCCCCACGGAUAGCUUGUAUCUUGCUCUGGUGCAAUGUUUUGGAAUAAUCAUAUGCGGCUACAUCGCCGGAAGACUGGAAGUUAUCACAAGGUCAGAAGCAAAUGGGUUGAAUACCUUCGUCGGGACCUUUUCCUUGCCAGCCCUGAUUUUCCUGUCCAUGGCCAAGCUGGACUUUUCUACCGUUAAUUGGAAAUUUUUACUGGCUGUCUUUAUAGCCAAAAGUGUGGUCUUUUUUGUUGUGCUGAUCAGUUGCGUGCUAAGUACAAAACCUUCCAAUCUUGGACGAUCAGCCCUUUUUGCUAUAUUUACCACGCAGAGCAAUGAUUUUGCUAUUGGGUAUCCAAUGAUCAAUGCGCUAUACGGCUCAACUCAUCCAGAAUAUUCUGCUUACUUGUAUCUCAUGGCACCAAUAUCUCUGGUUGCUCUUAAUCCAAUUGGCUUUGUCUUUUUGGAAAUCAACAAAAGGCAUCAAAGUGAAGAAAAUCGAUUGAACGGCACUAAUUUAGAUAUGUUCAAAGCUAUUGCCAAAGGGGUAGCCCUAAACCCUGUGCUUCUUAUGACUGUCCUUGGAAUCAUAGGAAACCUCAUCUUCAGUCAUAAUCUUCCAGCUAUAAUUCUAGUGGUUUUAGAAGUGCUUGGAAAUGCAUUUUCAGCCACUGCUCUGUUCUUGCUUGGCCUAAUGAUGGUUGGAAAAAUUCACAAACUCAAAGGUGCUGCAUUGGUCAUCCCUGGCAUCCUUAUAUCUAUAAAACUUCUAGUCCUUCCACUCAUAAUAAGGGAAUCUGUAGUUUUUCUGAGCGCUGGAGAAAAUUCUACGGAUACAUCAGAUCUGAGUACAUUUGGUUUCCUAUAUGGAACAAUACCAACUGCUCCUGCUCUCUUUAUUUUUACACUUCGUUAUAAUAUUGACAUAGACUUGGUUGCCUCGGCAAUGGUAGUCUGCACAUUUUUAUCUGCACCUCUCAUGUUUAUAUCAGCAAAAUUGAUUGAUGCCAUGGGAAGCGGAAUGUCUCCUACAGACUAUGCGAAAGAGUUAAAAGCUUUCUCUCUUGAUACGAGCGCGGCAUCGGUGGCUGCUUGUAUUUGGUUACUCAUCUGUUUCCUAGCUAUCAAAAGAAAAAGCCUUAAAAGUGCAACUCACAGAUGUACUUUGUGCCUGAUUUUUGCACAGCUUGUGACAGCAGUGGGUGUCAUUAUUUGGACAAAGCUAGAUGCUAGCAGUGUUGGAACUUUUGUUUGGUACACUCAAUUUCUUUUUAUAACCCUUGGAAUUUAUGCUAGUCGUUUUUGGACAACUGCUAUUGCUCUAACUCUUUUAUUCUUGAGUUCACAAACUCUCGCUUUUGUUGUGAAUUUACAAAAAUGGCUUUUUAUUCUAUGCUGGGGGAUACCGUGUAUAAUCAUAACUAUAAUGUGUUUAGCAGUAACUCCAACUAUUCCUAGUGAUACUGAACUCAAGAAUCCAAAUUUUCAGUUUGGUAGAAUUCAUGUAGCUGUCACUAUACUAGUUUUAAUUUUUUGCUUUGUUGUUACUGUGGGAUGUUUGAUUUUACGUCAAAGAUAUCAGAGACGAAACGAUACGAUAUCAUCUUACAGUAGUUUAAUUCCAACAGCAGCAGAAUCUUCGAGUAGAUUAACGACGGGAAGAAAUGUUGUUGAUGUGGAAGAUCUUGUAUCUCCCACUAGAAUAUCAAGCUUAAACGCUGCGCCCUUUGCCAACGACUGUUCUAAUGGAUUAUGUGGUACAGGAGAGGAUCACGACUGCAGCAGAGAAUGCGAAUCGGAAAAUGAAGCUGAAGCAGACACCAUGGAAGAUCCGCAAAUACUCCGGCAUCUUAUUCUUUUGAUUUUACUGCUAUGCUCCAUGUUCAUAGGCCUCGCAAUGUCGGUAGCAACGCUGAUUAUGGAACAAAUGACUGGAAUCUAUACUGAGCUUGCAUUUCUGGAUGUCGCUUUGGGUUUUGGCCAAUCCCUGGUAGCAUUUGCUAUCUUUGGUCUUGACCCUGGUCUAGGCAGACUGGGCUGCUGGCUAAGGAAUAUAUUCAGAAAAUGGAGGCUGGAAAAAGAGUUACAACUUCCAGACGAGGAAUCGCUGAGUCCAGAAGCAAAGGCCUUCCGCGAGCAGUUUCGUCGUUGUUACCUGGCCAAGUGCCAGGCCCGCAUCGCUGCCUGUCGAAGGCAUCUCUUGCGUACCUACACGGGUGUAUUUACCGGCAGUGACCUUGUCAACUGGCUCCUGGAGGCCGGCGUUGCCAAAGAUCGCGAAGAGGCCAUUUACUAUGGUCGAUGUCUCCUUGACAGCAGAGUGUUGAACCACAUUGACGGCACGCAACACUUUCAAGACCGAAAUCUCCUCUACACCUUCCGUGCAUGAUGAGGUUCUAUAAGCGCACUUGCAGCUCUGGUACAUGAGCGCGCUUGCAUGUACAUCUAUUUUGAGGGACUGACUAGGAGAUUUUGAAUUUGAGGCUGACGUAAUAAUUUUUGAAUAUCAUUUAGUUUAGGGCUACUAGUAAGGAUAAUUGCAAUUGAUGUAAGGCAAAAUGUGUCACUUUUAUUUCUUAAUUUUGUGGGAGAUAUAGAGGCAAUUUUUUCGAAACAGCCAUUUCGAUCAAUGAUCUCGAGCUAAAAGGUUGAAAAAUUAUCGUAAAAGAUAAGGAUUUUUUUUUAAUAUUGACCAAGGAAAGUAGGUAAAUGCCUUGUUAGAUGCAAGCUUUAGUUCCUAUUAUUUAUACAAUGACAAAAAUCGUAUUUUUGUUUAGAAAUAUAAAGAGUAUUUAAUGUUUUUAUAUAGCGACCUGCAAGUAUAUAAAAACUAGUUGGAUUGCUUAUAAAACUGUUUUUUCAUAUUGUAACAUUUACGUUAUAUUUACAACAAUUAUUCUUUGACAUAAUAUACAAUGAUGAAUGAAGUGCUGGCACUUAUUAAUCUUUCUGAAGAUUGAAAAUGUAAAUAAGUCGAGAUACUUUUCUACGAGAUAUAAUUUAUUUGAACAAGUGGAAAGUAACGAAAGUCUUAGAAAAGUUCAAUAUAUUUUGAAAUGUUGAAUCAUGUGAAUUUCAAAGUUUGUACAUAUGAAGAUAUAAUUUAUUACUCAUUGUCCAAUCUAAGAAGAAGCUGCCUUUACUGGGCUAGUCCCUGAUUUGUAAAGCUCGAGCACUUUUUGUUUUGAAAGAACAAAGUAUUUUAUUAAGAAGACAAUAAGAGGAAGUCAUUGUGAUGUAUGUAUAUUUAUGGAAAGUAAUAAAUACACGACAGAAUAUAAA